GUGACGGGUCGGGCGGUACCUGAACCGGAAGGAUAUCAUCGGCCGAUUGAGGGGCCACCAAAAUCAACUCCGACGAUCUAUCAUAUCAGGCACGGCACCAUCAUCUACCUGACAACAAAUAUUUUGCUUGAGAUAUCCACCUAUCUUUUCUACCCUCGGACUCUUAUUCCCCUUCCAAUUCCAUUCAGAGACACUCAAUACAGCACCAUGGAAAGCUCACAUCAACUCCCCUUCAAGCUAUCAGACGAUUCACUGCUUCAUUACAGCUCUCUCAUCAACGGAGAUUUCGUUCCCUCGAAAGAAGGCAAGACAUUCAAUGUCAUUGACCCAGGAACCGGCAAAACAUGGGCAUCAUGCCCAGACUGUACAGCAUCCGAAGUUGAUGCGGCAGUAAAGUCGUCCUAUGAAGCAUUCAAGAGCUACUCAAAGACAACGCCACGCUUCCGCGCUCAGACUAUCAUGAAAUGGCAUGAUCUCAUUCUUGCAGCUCGCGAGGACUUGGCUCGCCUUCUUGUUCAUGAAACUGGCAAGCCUUUGGAGGAAGCGCGCGGCGAAAUUGACUAUGCGCUUACGUUCGUCUGGUGGUUCUCUGGUGAAGCGGAUAGAGCGCAUGGGUCGUCGAUUACCUGCGCUAUUCCUGGAAGAAGGGCAAUGACGAUCAAGCAACCUAUUGGCGUUGCGGCUGCUCUUGUUCCCUGGAACUUCCCUAUCGCCCUCGCUUUACGAAAGGCGGCAGCGGCUCUUGCUGCGGGGUGUACUAUGGUCAUCAAGCCGUCACCUGAGACACCUCUCACAGCAGUCUCGGUAGCAUAUCUAGCGUUAAAGGCAGGCUUUCCACCAGGGGCACUCAACGUGAUUACAACAUCCCUCGAGAAUACACCGGCUGUCGCCGAAGCUCUUUGUCUCAACCCGCUUGUGAAGAAGGUGAGCUUCACUGGUAGCACGAGAGUUGGCAAGAUCAUUGCUAGUCUAUGUGCUCAGAACCUGAAAAAGACGACCUUCGAGCUUGGUGGGAACUGCCCGUUCAUUGUGUUUGAUGACGCCAAUGUCGAUCAGGCUAUGAACCAGCUCAUGGCUCUGAAGUGGAGGCACGCGGGCCAAGCUUGUGUCACUUCCAACAGAGUCUUUGUUCAGAGUAACAUCUACGACUCUUUUGUUGAAAGGCUUGUAUCUGAAACUCGGAAGCUGAAGCUGGGUCAUGGUAUGACAGAAGGGGCCACGUUGGGCGCACUGACAACUCCACGGGGCCUCGACAAAGCAGAAGAGCUGUACCAAGAUGCCAUCAGCAAGGGGGCAAAAGUGGUCCUUGGAUCAGGGAAGCGGUACCAAGGGGAGGGAUAUUUCAUGGAACCAACGAUCUUGACUGACAUGAAGGACGAAAUGAUCAUGACGCACGAGGAGAUCUUUGCUCCUCUCCUCGGUGUAUAUCGCUUUGAGACUGAAGAGGAAGUCGUCCAAAGAGCCAACGACACUCCCUACGGACUAGCGAGCUAUGUGUUUACCAAGAACGUGGAUAGGUUAUGGAGAAUGUUUGAGAACCUUGAUGCUGGAAUGAUUGGACUGAACGCAGGUAACAGUUCAUCAGCUGAAGCACCUUUCGGGGGAAUCAAGGACAGUGGACAUGGAAAAGAGAGCGGCAAGGAUGUCGCGAUUGAUGAGUUCUUGAUCACCAAGACGGGCACGAUGACGGUGGAGGGGCAGUAUUAGACUAUGUAAUUGAAUCUGGGUCUCCCAACCAGCAACAUAAAUCUCCAUCAUUUUGGC